CCGCCCGCCCGGUGGGCGCUGUGACAGCCUCCAGACGCACAUCCCCGGAUGACCUGCCACCAGGUGGGCUGUGGAUACCGCAGAGACCCGCGGCCGUUCCCGUGUUCCAUCAGAACAGAAAGUAGCUCAUCUCAGUAAUGCUUUGUCGGCUUACCGGGGCUGCCUUUCGGAUAUCUGGAAAUGUCAUUCCGCGGGACCCCUGCGGCCUUAACCUUCUAUGAAUAAAGCGAAGGAAAGGCGCCGAAAUGAAGAGCGACACCGGGAGAAGAAACUGAGCCGCUUGUUUAUAGCUCGAGCGGAGGAAAGCUAGCGGUUAGGCUGGCCAGAAAGCUCACAGCUGGAAUAUCGGAUUAGCUCCACCAUGGCUGGGCUCAUCAAGAAGCAGAUCCUGAAGCAUCUCUCCAGGUUUGCUAAGAACCUGUCGCCGGACAAGAUCAACCUGAGCACGCUGAAGGGGGAGGGCCAGCUGACCAACCUGGAGCUGGAUGAGGAGGUCCUGCAGAGUCUGCUGGACCUGCCCACCUGGCUGGCAAUCAACCGUGUGUUCUGCAACAAGGCUGCCAUCAGGAUACCAUGGACAAAACUGAAGACUCACCCGAUUUCAUUGACCCUGGAUAAGGUGAUAAUGGAAAUGAGCACAUGUGAUGAGCCUCGUCCUCCUAAUGGUCCGUCUCCCAUCGCUACAGCCUCUGGACAAAGUGAAUACGGAUUUGCAGAGAAAGUGGUGGAGGGCAUUUCGUUAUCCAUCAACUCCAUCGUCAUCAAGAUCAGCGCCAAGGCUUUCAACGCCUCCUUUGAGCUCUCCCAGCUGCAGGUGUACAGCGUCAACACCAGCUGGAGCAUCAGUGACCUCCGAUUCACCCGCAUCCAGGAUCCUCAGCGGGGGGAGAUCCUGACAUUUAAAGAAAUCAGCUGGCAGAUGAUCCGUAUCGAAGCCGACGCCAUCCAGAGCGCUGAGCACGAGAUGCUGAGUGCUCCCAUCCGCCUCAUCACCAACCAGUCCAAAAUCAGAGUCACUCUUAAGAGACGGAUAAAGGACUGCAACGUGGUGGCUUCAAAGCUGAUUCUUAUCCUGGACGACCUGCUGUGGGUGCUGACUGACUCCCAGCUCAAAGCCAUGGUGCAGUAUGCAAAGUCACUCAGCGAGGCCAUGGAGAAGUCUGCUCAGCAGAGGAAGAGCAUGGCUACUGACGAUCAAGUGUCAUCGCCGCCCCCUACUGCCCAACAAGUGCGCACGCAGCAGGCGUCUGCAGCUGCUGACCAGAAUGCGACCAUGGCUAAGCUGUUCAGCGCCUACGACGUAUGCGAGACGUCCCACCACCUCCAGAUCACACACCUGGACCUGCACAUCUGUGAUGACAUCCACGGCAGGGACAAAGGCACCAACAGGAGGAUAACAGGUGGAGCCAUGCAGCUUUCCUUCAGCUCCAUCACCCUCGACUACUAUCCUUUCCACAGAGCAGGGGACAGUUGUGUCCAUUGGAUGCACUACAGCGAGGCAACAAAAGCCAGAGAGAGCUGGGCUAAAAGUCUGCUGGAGGAGUUCAGGACCAACGUAGAAAGGUUAAAGACUGUGGUCCGAGACCGAGAAGGCCCCGGCGCAGCACACAGCUCCCCACGUCAUGGUAAGAUUAACACCUCCUCUUCCUUCAGCCCUCCUCCUCCUCCUCAGUCUCCAAAGACCCAGCUCAUGUCCAGCUCGUUUGUUCUCAGGAUAGCAGACUUCAGCAUCUACCAGGUGUCCACAGCAGACCAGCGGCACUCCAGCCCCAAAACCAUGAUCUCCUGCAAUAAGAAGUCCUUAUACCUGCCCUCAGAGAUGCCUGCCAUCCACGUAGAGUUUACAGAAUACUACUUUCCUGAUGGAAAAGACUACCCCAUUCCUUGUCCCAACCUGUACGCCCAGCUCAACGCCCUGCAGCUUGUUCUGGAUCCUCGCAGCCUGGUGUGGAUCAACCUCUUUGCUCUGGACCUCAGGCAGAGUCUGGAGCAGUUUAGGGAGAUCUACAAGCUCAACGACUCCCAGGAGCCUGACGAGCACGUUGACAUCAAGGUGGACGGCCUCAUGCUGAAACUGGUGGUUCCCACGGAUCAGGAUGCCCCCUGCACUGCAGACGUGCCUCGCUCCAUCUCCAUACAGACAUCUGAAAUGGUAGCCACCAACACCCGACACCCCUCCAACUGCACCCGCUCCCACCUUGAGGCCCUUUUGCAGGCCUUUGAAGGAGAGGCCUUCUUCUCUCCGUCUUUCUCCUCUUUCCCCCGCUCCCCUUCCUCUGUACCCAUUCUGCACCCCGUCUUCCAGCGGCACGCCCACGAAAAAGACACAAAGCUCCACGACGUCUCUCGGGGACUGGUGGAGCCCACCAUGGGGGCAGACGCUCUCAAGAUGCCCGCAGCUACUGACUUUUGGGCCCUGCACUUUGCACAGUUUUGGGUGGAUUAUGAAGGCACCCGUGGAGGUAAAGGGCGGCCGCAGCCCUUCGUGGACUCUUUCCCUCUCACUGUGUGGGCCUGUCAGCCCACCAAGCUUGUCCAGCAUCAGGAGAAGCUGAAGGACUCUGCAGGAACAGGAAUGUCCAAAAGCUCUUCAGCAGAGGCGGUCGCACGUUUGGAGAGGAAACGAAUGCUUAAGGAGUAUUACAGCACCGAAAGUGCGCCGGCAUCAUCCCACUGCAACAAUUCGACGGUUCUGCAAACUAACGGGCUCCAUAAACCCGCCUCACUGGACAGUCUGUCCAACUCCUGCUCUUCAUUGUCAUCAUCAAGUAAAGAUGCAGACGUCCAUCUGUUGGUGCAUAUGCAGAAACCUUUAAGUGCUCAGGUGAGCCAUCAGCAGUAUGUGUUUCUGAUGCACCUUCUGCGGAGCCUCAAAACCCUGCAGCAAACACUGCAGCAGGAUCUGGAGGCCAUGGCCUCAAAGAGAGAGCGCAAAGACACGUCCCAACCCCCUGCUGACCACAAACCCUUCACCUUCUGCUUGGGCCUGUUGCUCAAAAGCGUGGAGGUGUCGCUCCUCAUGAAGCCCAUGCCCCAGCCUGAGGGUUCGGGAUCUCCUGUGGGGUCAGAGCUCUCCCCGUCAGAGAGCAGAGGAACUUUGGAACCAGGGAGUGAUGCGAGGGAGGGGUCCGUUAAGGGGAACGAGGAGCCCACAUCUCAAGACGGGGGAGCAGCUGUAGACCAGCUGUUAUGUGGUGCCGUUCCAGAGGGGGGAGCUACUCUAAUUCCCUCCUUAGCAUCUGAAGAGACCCCGGCUAAAAAUACGGAAAGGGAGGCUUCAGAUGAAGGAGCGGAGGCUGUGGUGGAUGGGUUAGCAUCCGGGGAAGAAGUGAGUUCUACUUUGGACUCUAAAACCAGCGUGAGUGACCCUCUUUCUGACUUAAAUGAAAAAGAGAAGACUACAGCUGCAAAGAUACCCCAGUCAAUAUCCAGGAAAGGAAGUUUGUCUGUGCUUUCUGAUCUUCUCAGCUCCUCAAACUCCAGCAGAUCCUCCUCCCUUUAUGCCAUGUCUAACAUCGGUCGUUUGAUGCGAGAUCGCUCCCAGUCCAGCUUCUCCGUGUCGUAUAAGAACAUGAAGAAGAGCCCAUCCCUUCAGUCCCUGGAUGACAUCUCCAUAGACAGCUCCUUCAUGGAAGAUGGAGAUACUUACAGCUUGAUGGAAAGAGAUGACGUCUCCAUAUCUGGCUUCAAGGACGCCAUCAGUGAGCAGAGUGUCCCAGAGAGCGUCACAGAGGCAUUAGCCGUUCAGGAAAAGGAGGAGGGCGUGUCCCCCGACAGCAUCAGUGCCGCCUCUCAGAGCAUCGAUGAAUCCACCAAAGAUACAGUCUCUGUGUUGGUGUUGAAGGUGCAGUCGGUGUGUGUGGGCAUGGAGGCGGUGGGCGAGAGCUCAGCCGUGGCUCUAGAGGUUGGUCGGCUCACACCCAACCAGCUGGGCAACAUCAGUCUCAGAGAGUACCUCAGCAACCGCAGCCUCGAUAUGGUGUGUUCAGUACCAAUACCUGCUCAGAGCAGCCAAGCUGGUGGGGAGCCCAAAUCCGACUCCCGCCGGGGCCUUUACAGUCCGGAGGUCCGGGCUCGCCUAGAGAGCGGGCCCAGGGCCGCCACCCAUUCACCGCUGGCGGAGCGCAACGGCUUCCUGCAGCUACAUCUCCAUGGAUACCAAGGCAACUUUAUGAUGGCCUCGCUACGCAACCUGGCGCUUUUCCUGGAGGGCGACGGCCCUUCAGAGGUGCUGCCCAUGGAGAUCAGCAUCAAGGACACGCACAUCAAUUUAAACGGAGACGACCCCUCUGACAACCCUUCGGACGGCGAGCCCUCGGCGAUCACACUACAUGUUGACAGCCUCGUCGUACACAGACAGGAUGACGGGUCUUUCUCAAUAGGAGUGGAUGGUGCAGCAGACGCAAAACCAAAGAAAGCAGCAGUUGACAGCUGUCUGAGUCCAGUUCCUGAGGCUGUGAGCAGCGUCUGCAGGACGGCGAAGGCGACGCAGACUCAAACAACGCCCAGCAGCCCCGGCCCAUCAACCAGGGAGAAGAUGCUGCUGGAGGAGAACGAAUGCCUGAAGAUGGAGUUGUCCAGAGCCAAGAUGGCGCUGGCUGAGGCUCAGAUGGAGAAGGACUCUCUGCUUCACCGCAUGAAGAACCUCAAGAUAAACACCAGCUAGAACUGCCUUGGUUUAGAGUCGGCACCAACUCCCACUACAAAAAAAUGUAGUUUUUUAAUUGUCUCAACUGCUUGAUCUGCUCACUUCAUUAAGGGAGCUGCGUGCGACUCUAGAGUAUGAGAAAAUUCAUUUUUACACCUUGUUUUAUCUAGUUGAACAUAAACUUGAAAAAGAAGAAGUGAUAUUCUAUUUAAAGCUUGUGAAAAAGAGGGUAGAGAUCUAUAAUAUUGUUGGUGCCUACAGUCACUCUUUCCUCACUACUUCAGUUGUUAAAACCACCGCAGCUCAUUUUUUUAGAUGAGCUUCAACUGUGGGGCUGAAAGAACUUUAAAAAGAAUGUCAAAAAAAAAAAAGACAUAAUUUGCACUGUACUGAAUUUUAAAGAGGUGCAUCAUAUUCAGUAUACAUUGUAUAUUGUACAAGAAUGUGAACAUGUAUUUUCUACAGAACCAUGAGAGGGUUUUGUAGUGUUUGCAGUUGAAUGUGUGAGUUUUUUUUGUGUGUCUCAGACAGAACAAGCAUUUUGUGAGGCGUGGAGGACAAACAUCGGUUCAGAACACAACUUUUUUUUUUUAAAUGCCUCAGAAUAAGUUGCUGCCUCCAUGUUUGUCCUUUUUUUAUACCUGUAAAUACUCGACGCGUGCUGCACUUUUCUAAAACCGAGGCACUGUAAAUACAGCAAUCACAACUGUGAGAGAUCGAGAACAGAUGAGUGGAUCGCCGUUCUGUUGAGGGGAAGGAAAAAAAAGGGGCGCUUUGACGACGCCUAACUACGUGUUUCUUUAUGUAACUGAAAAAAAAAAUGCAUAAAAAAAUCCACAUAUUGUCAUUGAAAAGAAAUUACAAUUUGCUGCUGUGUCAUCCUUGUGUGAUUAUUACAUGUUCGCAACUAAAAUCAACUUAUUUUUCUAACAGCAAAUGAUUUGACGCAAAUUAAAACAUCAGAAAUAAAAGUAGGUUUAGCUCUGAUAAUAUAACUAAUAGGUUUCGUCUACAUGUAUAAAAACAUUUGUGCUAAACAUAAAUUAAACUUUCGCUGUUCUGCCAAAUUAAAAAAAUAUCCUCUUUUGAUCAAUACUUUCCGGUGUAAUUAUUACACCUUUACUUAUUAGGAAGAAAGCAAUGAAAAGUAUUUUUUUCUGUCAAAGCUGCUGAAAUACUGAUAGAAAAUAAAGAAUCAGUUUUAAAGGUU